AUGCAAUAUUUGAACUCAACGCGGUGUUUGCCAGAGGAUAAAUUGAGUCUGCAUGAAGCCAGCGAUCUUCUUCUUCUGAAGUAUUUGUUUCCCUUCUUCUUUGUACUCGGAUUGGUGGGGAAUGGGGUCAACUUUAUUGUCUUGUGCUCUCGGGGAAUGAGAAAUCGAGCGAAUGACCUGGUAAGGAUAAUUUUUUAACUUAAAAUAGAUUAGAAUUUGUAUUCAAAUGUCUUAUCAACUGAGAAUUUACCCGACCUUUCAGUUGGCGGCAGUUUGUCUUUGCGACUUUGCCUUCUUCAUCUUGAUGUUGCCUCACUCCCUGGCCACUUUCAACUUCAUUUCCAAUCAUCUCGCCUUCCGUUUCAACUACCUCUUAUAUCGUCAGGAACUCAGCGCCUUGGCGAAUUGGCUCUCAGCGUCCACAAUAUGGUAAGAAGGAACUCGGAGAUUGUCGAAUCAAACAUUUUUGGGUUUAUAUUUGCAGUGACCGUAGAGAGAUAUCAGGUUGUGCGAACGCCCCUCCGAUCUCGCAGUUAUUGGUGUAAACGGCAAAGAUAUUGUACAAUUGUGUUGAUCCUGCUGACCACAUGUCUGUUGACUUUAUAUCAUCACUUCGAGUAUGAUUGUCAGAUGGUCUUUUUUUGUAAUUUCACUCAAGUUUUGAAUUUCUGUUUCUCCGCCGGAACUACAGUACAUCCAAUGUGGGGCCGUUCAAAUGUGUCACCAUCAGUUUGGAGACAGCAUUUCGUGAGGAUCAGUACUAUUGUGAAUGCAUUGUUUGUAAGGUUUUUUGAUAAUUUUUUGGUCUAUUGGUUACUGUAAUUUAUAUAGUCAUCAUUUCAGGUAGUGCUAGUUCCAAUACUACUAGUCGCAAUAUUGACAAUUCUAUUGAUCAAAAAGCUACAAGAAAGCGAUUCGAUUGUACUGAACCGAAUGGAUUCAUCAACCAGAAGGUCCGUGAAUAAACAAAUUGUAGGUUGUACAUGGUACUUGACAAUCAUUGUCUGAUUUUUUUUAUUUUCACUUCUACAGUGGCGGACCUGAUCCACUGGACAAAAACGUACCAUAUUGCAUCCGAAAAGUAUCAAAAAAUAUUGAAAAAUGCCUCCCUCUCCAAGUGAAAAAACUCCGAUUUCAAAGCUCCGUUUGUAAGGGAAAAGAAGCGUCUUCAAAACGGAGCUUUUUUAGUUGGUGAUGGAGGCAUUUUGCCACAUUUUUGAUACUUCCCGGAUGCAAAAUUAUACGUUUUUUGCCGAUCAGUCCUCACUGUACUAAUGUAUUCCCUUACUUCAGGCCCACAGAAAACGAGUGACCAGAACAGUGGUUACAAUCGCCUCAUUCUUCGCCAUUACGCAAGGCCCUUCAGCUGUCUUCAGCGUCUGGGAAGUGCUGAUUGGAUACUCAGCCCAAGACCGAGAGAUCUUUCGUGCAAUGAGUGUGGCGAAUGGACUGGUCAUCCUCGGGAAGACCAUCAAUUUUAUUCUAUUCUGCCUGAGUUCCGCGCAUUUUCGACGAAAAUGUUUGGGACUUUUGUUACAGAAAUAUCCCGAGGUAACAAGAGUGCAAGGGGGACCUGAUCCAGUGGCAAAAAACGUACCAUUUUGCAUCUGGGAAGGAUCAAAAAUGUGGCAAAAUGCUUCCCUCUCCAAGUGA